UCUUGUUUGAGUACUAGGGUUUUUAGUGUUUCUCGGGGUUUUCUCGAGCGCAAUGGGGCGCAGCCGGAGCCGGAGCUACAGCCCAAGAAGCCGCAGCCCUGGGCCGCGGCGACGGAGGUAUGCCGAUGAUCCUCCAAUGCGGCGCGGCGAUCGCGAGUGGCGCCGCUCUCCUCCUUGCAGCUUGCUCGUCCGAAACAUCCCGCGCGAGGCCAGGCCCGAAGAAGUUCGUGUGCCAUUCGAGAAGUUUGGGCCUGUCAAGGACGUCUAUCUCCCGAAAGAUUAUUAUUCCGGGGAACCUCGUGGUUUUGGUUUUGUCCAGUUCAUAGAGCCGGGCGAUGCAGCUGACGCUAAGUUUAAUAUGGAUCACCAGUUGUUAGGCGGACGAGAAAUUACUGUUGUUUUCGCCGAGGAAAACAGAAAAAAACCGUCUGAGAUGCGGAUAAAGACAAGUCGGAGUGGGAGCUGGAGCUCUGGUCGUUAUGGUGGAGGUUAUCGCAGAAGCCCGCCUAGAUCUCCUCGGCGUUACAGAUCUCGCUCGAGGUCUCGGUCGCCUCGGCCUCGAAGGUAUCACUCGUCCAGUUUGUACCUUAGGGAUGCUCACGAACGAUACGGAAGGUCCCCGAGCCCUCACCACCACCACCACCAGAACAAUAUCCGUUCUCCCUCGCCCAGGAGAGAAACGCGGUCUCGGCAUCGGCCAUCACCGGGAAUCUCUGACCGUGGUCCAAGUCCUAGUCCACAAGGCAACGGGCAUGGUUCUCGAAGGUCCUUAAGUCGAAGCCCGUCCCCGGUUAUGGCUGCAAGACGGUACUCACGCUCUUUUUCAAGGGACUAAUGCGAGGGCUCAACUACACGGCACCUUUAUGUACUAUUUGUGGCAGCACCACACGGGAUUUACUUUGGCUUGGUGAUUUUUAUUGAUAUUCUUGUCUUAGACUGAUUUUGGAUGUAAUUUCUUCUCAGGAAAGAGUAUUUUCCAACC